AUCAAGUAUCGCGAGAACAAACUGCUACGUAUCAUUUCGAAUUUUGCUCUCGCGGUAUUUUAAUGUCAUUCGCUGAUUGGUCUGACAGCGCCGCGUGAAGUUCACAACUUUCCUGUCAGUCACAAUUCAUCGGAAGCACGUACGUUGUCGCGGUUACGCGUCUGGGCGGAACUCAACCUCGGAAUCUGUUUGUUUAAUGAGUCUGUGGAGGGGAUCAGAUUCAUCAGUGAAGAUCUGACUGAAUAAUUCAUGGAUGAUUCACAAACAUUCAGAGAUGGAGAUGAUUCUCCAGGAGUCAGUUAUCAUUGUCAGUUUGCUGAAGUUCAAAACACAUUCAGAUCAAAUCUAAGGAAGAAGUUGAAGAGUUUGUAUGAGGUAACGUCAUAUGAGAGAAACCCAACACCACUAAAUGAGAUAUACACAAAGCUCUACAUCACAGAGAGUGAAAGUGGAGAGAUCAGUAAUGAACAUGAGGUGAGACAGAUUGAGACACAAUCCAGAAGAACAACAACAGAGGAGACACCAAUCAAAUGUAAUGACAUCUUUAAACCUUUACCUGAACAACACAAACACAUCAGAAGUGUGCUGACAAAGGGAGUCGCUGGCAUUGGAAAAACAGUCUCUGUACAGAAGUUCAUUCUGGACUGGGCUGAAGAGAAAGAGAAUCAGGAUGUCCACCUCAUAUUUCCACUUCCUUUCAGAGAGAUCAAUUUGAUGAAGGACAAAACACUCAGUCUUUUAGAUCUUCUUCAUCUUUUCUUCCCAGAGACAAAAGAAAUGGAAAUCUUCAGUGAUGAAUAUAAAGUGUUGUUCAUCUUUGAUGGUUUGGAUGAGUGUCGUCUGUCUCUGGAUUUUCACAGCAGUGUGAGGUUGUGUGAUGUAAGUGAAUCAACCUCAGUGGACGUGAUGCUGACAAACCUCAUCAAAGGGAAUCUGUUUCCCUCUUCUCUCAUCUGGAUCACCUCCAGACCAGCAGCAGCUGAUCUCAUCCCCUCUGAGUGUGUUGAUCGAGUCACAGAGGUACGAGGCUUCAGUGAUCCACAGAAGGAGGAAUACUUCAGGAAGAGAAUCAGUGAUGAGAGUCUGUCUGAUCAAAUCAUCUCACACCUGAAGUCAUCCAGGAGUCUCUACAUCAUGUGUCACAUCCCAGUGUUCUGCUGGAUUUCAGUCACUGUUCUAGAGAGAAUGUUGAGUAAAGCAGAGAGUCAAGAGAUCCCCAAGAAUCUCACUCAAAUGUACACACACUUCCUUAUCAUUCAGACAAACAUCAAACAUCAGAAGGACUAUAAGAAGAAAGUGAAGGAUGACAUGAUCUUUAAACUGGGGAAACUUGCUUUUGAGCAACUUGUGAAAGGCAACGUUAUCUUCUAUGAUGAAGACCUGAGAGAGUGUGGCAUUGAUGUAGCAGAAGCAUCAGUGUACUCAGGAUUGUGUACUCAGAUCUUCAGAGAGGAGUUUGGUUUGUGUCAAGGGAAAGUUUACUGCUUUGUUCAUCUCAGCAUUCAGGAACAUCUAGCAGCUCUUUAUGCUCACAUCUCCUUCACAAACAACAACAUAAAUGUGUUUGAUCAAAUUCCUAAACCAGUUCGGCUUUUUAACAUUUUGGACAUGGUAAAACAUAAAUCAUUGAAACAGGUUUCGUUAUCUAAUUUACAUCAGCAAGCUGUAGAUGAAUCUUUACAGAGUAAGAAUGGACAUCUGGAUCUUUUCCUGCGUUUUCUUCUGGGUCUUUCAAUCCAAUCAGACUUACAGGAUCUACUGACACAGAUGAGAAGAUGCUCCUAUAAGAAAGAGGAAACUGUUGAGUACAUUAAACAGAAGAUGAAUGAGAAUCUGUCUACAGAGAAAUCCAUCAAUCUGAUUCACUGUCUAAAUGAACUGGGUGAUGAUUCACUGCUGCAGGAGAUUCAACAUUAUGUGAAUUCUGCAUCAGUAGGAAAGACCAAACUCUUCUCUUCACAAUGGGCAGCUUUAGUUUUUGUAUUGUUGACAUCUGGGCAGCGUUUGGAUGAACUUAAUCUAAAUAGAUUUAUUGGUCCUGAAAAUGCAGCAAAUAAAGUUCUUGUGAAACUGCAGCCUGUGAUUAAAGAAUUAAAAAAACUACAUUUGAGGGGUUGUAAUAUCACAGACGAAGGUUGUGUUGCUCUGACUUCAGCCAUGAGAUCAAACCCAUCACAACUAAGAGAUCUGAAUCUGUCCCGUAAUAAUCUUGGAGAUUCAGGAGUGAAGCUGAUCUCUGAUGGACUGAAGAAUCCUGGCUGUAAACUGGAGAAACUGUGGUUGUGUUUGUGUAAUAUCACAGAUAAGGGUUGUGUUGCUCUGACUUCAGCUCUGAGAUCAAACCCAUCACACCUGACACAUCUGAAUCUGUCAAAUAAUAGUUUAAGAGAUUCAGGAGUGAAGCUGAUCUCUGAUGUACUGAAGAAUCCUGACUGUAAACUGAAGAUACUGGAGUGGGAGUGUUGUGAUAUCACAGAUGAAGGUUGUGUUGCUCUGACUUCAGCUCUUAGAUCAAACCCAUCACACCUGACACAUCUGAAUCUGUCUGAUAAUAAACUAAGAGAUUCAGGUGUGAAGCUGAUAUCUGAUGUACUGAAGAAUCCUCACUGUAAACUGGAGAUACUGCAGUUGUGUAGUUGUAAUAUCACAGAUGAAGGUUGUGCUGCUCUGACUUCAGCUCUGAGAUCAAACCCAUCACACCUGAGAGAUCUGAAUCUGUCUAAUAAUAAUCUCACAGAUUCAGGAGUGAAGCUGAUCUCUGAUCUAAAAGAUGAUCCACAUUAUAAACUACAUACCGUAUGGCCUUACAGAUGACAGUAAAGAUUUCUGUUUGAUUUUCAGUAUCAUCUGUUGGUGAUAAAGAAUACACACUGUAAAAAAUUCUUAAUUGCUUUAAAUUUGUUGUUUAAUCAAUUCAGAUUUACAAGUCAUUUCAACUUAUUAUUAUUAAUCUUGAUUAAAUAAGAGUUGUUAUAACUUAUAUUAUCUAGUUGAAAUAUAUCAACUUCACUUUAUUAGUUGUUUCCACUCAUCUAUUGUUUUGGGUUCUGUGCUUAUUUUUUGCUGUUAAAACAAAAUUGCUUUGAAUAAAAGUGAAAUAAAUGUAAUAUAAAUGAUAAUCUUACUGAAGUGACAGUAAAAGGUCUUUCCCAAAAGUCAAUUAUUUCUUUUACAUUUCUUCAUGUUUUUCUUAAUAUAGUCUAAUUUUUAACACUUAUUUCACAGUCAUCACUUCUUUUUAUCAUUAAUAAAUGAUAAACAUAUGUUAAAAAUAUGAUUAUUUUAUUUUUUCAGUAAGGUAACUUGACAGACUAGUGAUUUAAUUAACUAAUAAUUUUCUAACUUUAAUUGAAAACCCAACGGGAUUUUGUAGUUUAGUCAUUUGUAAACAUCUGUGACCAUUAUAAACUGUGAUCUUUAUUGUGUUCAGUU